AUGGCCACUUUCAAUUUCAACUCGCCCAUGCACGAAUUUCAGCCUCAAAACCAAAUUUUCUGGUCCACUGCCCUCAAUUACGCAUCAGGGAUCGAACUUCCAGACCAACAUUGUGCCAAUUUAAACGUGGCCAGUACUGUUUUCGAAGCCCAAAGCUCCCUAGAAUAUCCUGGAUGGACCGAAAACCAUGAGGAACCUACGUUCAAAUUUGACCGCAACGAAACCAGUGGAAAUGGUCCAGAAUAUGAGACAAGUGUCAGCAACGAAUGGAUUGGGAUCCAGCAAUGGCCAGAAUCGCAGAUUGAUGAGAUUCCUGAGCCAUAUCGGAAAGUGGUGAUCCAAUAUGGCAAGUCGGGACUACCCCAAAUCAAUUUCCACCAAUACAAUCGAACAGGUUUCUGUGGACUGCAAGACUGUUCAACUGAUGCUUUUCCCAAUGCCAUGAUCCAGGCAUUGUACUUUCAAGAGGCCAUUCGUGACUUGGUGCUCAGUCACUCGUGCAAUGUGGACCCCUGCUUGGUGUGCGAGUUGUCCUUCUUGUUCCACAAGAUGGAUCAAAGUCCGGGCUUUGUUUGUCAGUCCAACAACUUUCAGCGGGCCAUUCGAACAAGUCAGGAAGCCCUUGCUUUGGGAUUGGUGCUUACAGAAUCUUCUACAUCCAUUGACGGAUUCACCAUGAUUGGAUUGGUUCAAACCUGGAAUCGAUUCAUGCUUGAGCAAUUUCAUGCCAUUGACGAUAGGUUGUUAGGCAAGCAAUGUGAAAUUCAGGCCGUGAAAGUGACCAAGUGUGCCAGUUGCAAGGGCUGCCUCAGUGUGGAAUAUGACAAUGACAACGUGUGCAAUUUGACAUAUCCAACGGGAAGCAAAAAGACUCAUUUUGAGGACGUUCUUGUGGCCUCCCUCAAUUGCGUUGGGACCAAGCCUUCUUGGUGCGGCCUCUGUCGUCAUUUUCAAAUGGCCAACCAAAGGCGUCAAAUCCAGUGCUUGCCAUCCUCGCUAACGGUGAACACUGGACUGGACCAAGGCACCAAUUUGGAGUUCUGGCGGGAUCAGUGCGCACAAUUGGUCACAAGCUCCAAAGGCGGGAACAACGAGAGCGGCCAAUCGUGGAUUCCUGAACGGUUAACGCUUCGACAAUUGGCCAAUGGCCACCUUAAGGGAGGUUCAGACGAUCUGUCGCCUCUGGAGAGGGAGGAAAUCCUCGAGGAUGUUCAAUAUGAAUUACACACUGUAUGUAGCACGAUCGUGGAUCCUGGGACAGGACAAGCCCUGAAUGUGGUGGCCGCCAUCAACGUGGGAGAUUUUUAUCACGCUCGAGUUGGAUCGCCGGUCAGCCAAUGGUACUUGUUCAAUGACUUCAGCAUUGAUCCAAUCAACGUCUCCGAGGCCCGACGGAUCAAUCUGGAGUGGCAAGUGCCAACUUCCUUGGUUUACCGGCGACAAAUGAACCGAGUGAGCUCCGAACAACCCCAAAUCGUUCCUGUGAGCACUUCCUCCUUCGGUUUCGAGGUCCUGAGUCCAACUUGGGGCCAUGGCUCGCCACUGACGUUUUUGCCUUUGGCAGUCGACGAGGUUCCCUCGGCUGGAGAUUUGGUGGCCUUGGAUGCGGAGUUUGUGACCUUGAAACCGGAGCAGAAGUCAUUGGUGGAAGAUGGAUGCUGGAGGACUGUCCGACUUGCCCAAAGAGCCGUGGCAAGGGUCACCUGUUUGCGGGGCCAGGGCCCAAUGACCGGAGUGCCGUUUGUGGACGACUACAUCUCUUGCCAGGAAGAGAUUUUCGAUCACGUCACCGAGUACUCCGGGAUCUACCCCGGUGAUCUGGAUCCGACUACGAGCACCAAAUAUUUGACGUCAAUGAAGACCACUUACAAGAGAAUCCGGUACCUGGUGGAUGCGGGGUGUAUCUUCGUGGGACACGGUCUCAAGAACGACUUUGACAUGUUGAACAUUGUCGUUCCCGUGGAACAAGUGGUGGACACGGUACAUUUGUUCCAGUUGCCCAAUCGAAGGUUGCUUUCCUUGAAGUUUCUGGCGUGGUACUUCUUGGACAAGAUUAUCCAGGUGGGAACCCACGACCCCACUGAAGAUGCAGCAACAGCCUUGGAACUGUUUCAAAGGUACCGGGAGUUCGAGGCCCUUAACAACGUACCAGAGGUCCUUUGCCAAUUGUACAAGGACGCCCAAGCCAACCAAUGGAGGGUCCCAAGGCAAUUGUGA